ACCAAAAUGGCUCAAACGAUGGCAUUGCUAGUAUCACUGCUGGUCUUCAGCAAUGUUUUUGCUGUAAACUGCGCCUUCGCACCCACACUUAUUAUAGAUAUGGCUAAAAUUUUUAUGGACAACUAUUGUUCUCCUGAAAGACUUGCUGGUAUGGAGGAGGCAAUAGAUGCUGCUAGCAGCAACACGGAAAUUCUCAGCAUCCCGGAUCCCAACACACUAGCCAACGUUCUGACCGAGGGAGUUAAGAACACAAUCAGUGAUCCUAGAGUCACCGUUACCUAUGAGCCAAAUUAUGUUCCUGUAGGACCACCGGUUCUUCCUGAUCUCCCACCAGAGCAGAUGAUUGCAGUGGUCCAGGGCACAGUCAAGGUUGAAGUCCUGGAGUCCAACAUUGCAUAUUUGAGGAUUCAACACAUCAUCGGGGAGGAAAUGGCUCAAAAGAUCGGGCCACUUCUGCUGGAGCAUGUUUGGGCCAAGGUUCUUCCUACUACUGCUAUGAUCUUGGAUUUUCGUUAUGCCAGCAGUGGAGAACUUUCUGGUAUCCCUUACAUUGUUUCCUACUUUACAGACACCGAGCCACUCAUACAUAUUGACUCUGUGUAUGAUCGCCCUUCUGACACAACCACUGAGCUGUGGUCUAUGCCAACCUUGCUGGGAGAGAGAUACGGAACUACCAAGCCCUUGAUCAUUCUGACCAGUCACAGCACUAAAGGUAUUGCAGAGGAUGUUGCCUACAUACUGAAAAAUCUCAAGAGAGCCACCAUUGUUGGAGAGAAAACAGCUGGAGGAUCAGUAAAAAUUGAGAAAAUCAAGGUUGGAGACACUGACUUCUAUGUUUCUGUUCCUGUUGCUAAGUCUGUCAACCCCGUCACUGGCAAGAGCUGGGAGAUUGUUGGAGUUACACCAGAUAUUGAAGUUGAUGCAGAAGAUGCCCUUGACAUUGCAGUAGAGAUCAUUAAAUUACGUGCUGAAAUCCCUGCCAUUGUUCAGGCAGCUGCAACUCUAGUUGCAGACAACUAUGCAUUUGAAAGUGUUGGGGCAGAUGUGGCAGAGAAACUGAACGCAAUUUUAGCAAGUGGUGAAUACAGCAUGAUCAACACAAAGGCAGAACUAGAAGCAAAACUCUCAGCUGACCUUAUGAAACUUUCUGGGGACAAGAGUCUGAAGACUACCAGCAACACACCUGCACUUCCUCCAAUGAAUCCAACUCCAGAGAUGUUCAUUGAGCUGAUCAAGGUUUCCUUCCACACUGACAUGUUUGAGAACAAUAUUGGCUACCUCCGCUUUGAUAUGUUUGGGGACUUCGAACAAGUCAAAGCCAUUGCUCAGAUCAUUGUUGAACACGUUUGGAAAAAGGUGGUUGACACUGAUGCAUUGAUUAUUGAUCUCAGGAACAAUGUGGGUGGACCAACCACCUCAAUCGCUGGAUUCUGCUCCUACUUCUUUGAUGGAGACAAGGAGAUUGUUCUAGACAAGCUCUACGACAGACCUUCUGGUACUACAAGGGAACUGUUGACUCUUCCCGAGCUUACAGGUAAGAGAUAUGGCACCAAGAAGAGUCUGAUAAUCCUAACAAGUGGUGUGACUGCUGGAGCAGCUGAGGAAUUUGUCUACAUCAUGAAGAGGCUUGGUCGAGCCAUGAUUGUGGGUGAGCCAACCAGUGGGGCCUCACAUCCUCCAGAGACCUUCCGUGUGGGUGAGAGUGACGUCUUCUUGGCCAUUCCAAUUACCCAUUCAGAUACUUCUCAGGGUCCUGCCUGGGAGGGUGCUGGUAUUGCUCCUCAUAUUCCUGUGCCAGCUGAUGCUGCCCUCGAAACAGCAAAGGGCAUUCUCAACAAGCACUUUGCCAGCCAGAAAUGA